AUGGCCCCUAUCACAUCAAACGCUAAACCAUUAAAGAAUUUCGACUACUUGGUCAUUGGAGGAGGAUCCGGAGGUGUUGCUAGUGCACGUCGUGCAGCCAAGUACGGAGCCAAGGUGUUACUUAUUGAAUCAAACUUUAACAAGCUUGGUGGUACUUGUGUCAAUGUUGGAUGUGUCCCCAAAAAAGUCAUGUGGUAUGCCUCCGAUCUUGCACACAAAAAGGCUGAUUUAUUCCCAUACAAAUUGGAUAAACAAGAAGAACACGUUAAAUAUGGAGAUUUCAACUGGGGUGAAUUCAAGACCAAGAGAGAUGCAUACGUCACAAGAUUAAAUGGCAUUUAUGCCAAUAACUUGAAAAAAGAGGGUGUUGAUUUUGCAUUUGGUUUUGCAAAAUUCAUCAAUUCCAAUGCCGACGUUGAAGUUACAUUGAGUGGAGAUCAACAAUUGCCCUUUUUGGAUGCCAACAAAGAUUACAAGAAGGAUGAGAAAUUGGUUUUCAGCAGUGACAAGGUAUUGAUCGCCACCGGAGGUACUGCCAUCAUUCCACCUAAUAUCGAAGGUGCAGAAUUGGGUAUAACUUCAGACGGAUUUUUUGAAUUGAAACAACAGCCAAAGAAGGUGGCUAUUGUUGGUGCUGGGUAUAUUGGUGUUGAAUUUUCUGGUGUGUUUAAUGGCUUAGGAUCUGAAGUUGAUUUUAUUAUAAGAAGAGACAAAGUCUUGCGUGCAUUUGACGAAAUCAUUCAAGACACCAUCACCGAUUAUUACCUGGACAAUUUGGGCAUUAACAUUAUUAAAAACUCGGGUGUGAAGAAAGUAGAGCAAGCUAGCAACGGAAAGAAGAAGAUAACAUUGGUCAAUGACGACACUAUUGAAGCUGAUGAAUUGAUCUGGACCGUUGGUAGAAAAUCAUUGGUUGACAUUGGAUUGGACUUGGUUGGCGUUAAGGUUAACGGUCACCAACAAAUUGAGGCAGAUGAGUAUCAAGUCACUGCCAACCCCAAGAUCUUUUCUCUUGGUGACGUUGUUGGUAAAGUUGAAUUGACGCCCGUCGCUAUUGCAGCCGGUCGUAAAUUAUCCAAUAGGUUGUUUGGUGGUGAGCAAUUCAAAGAUGACCAUUUGGACUAUAACAAUAUCCCAUCUGCUGUGUUUUCACACCCAGAGUGUGGAUCGAUUGGAUUGUCUACCGCACAAGCAAUUGAGAAAUACGGUAAGGAUAACAUCAAGGUGUACAACUCCAAGUUCACGGCGAUGUACUAUGCCAUGAUGGAAGACCAAAAGGAUAAGAGCCCUACAGUUUAUAGAAUUGUGACUCAUGGUCCAGAAGAGAAGAUUGUUGGUUUGCAUUUGGUUGGAGACAAUAGUUCUGAGAUUUUGCAAGGCUUUGGUGUUGCCAUUAAGAUGGGUGCUACAAAGAAAGAUUUCGAUAGCUGUGUUGCUAUCCAUCCAACCUCAGCCGAGGAGUUGGUUACCAUGACCUAA